AUGCCAAGUUGCGGUGCUAUACAAUCGAUAUUUUCCAAUUCUGGGUUGGGUUCAGUCUUCUUGAUUAAGAAUUUGGAUGCUGGAAAGGAAUUCGUUGUAAAAGAGUCGAAUGAAGAGGGAAUGUGGAAUAACUUACAAUGGAGGAAUUCGAAAUCUGUUGGGUAUUCACCGUUAGUGAAAGAAAAUAGAAGGAGAAGGGGAGUUGUUUUCUUAAAAGGGGUAGCAAAUUCCAUGAGCGGAUUAAUUUUAGACAAAGAAAGAGAGCAGCUUUCACCAUUGGAACAGAGAGUUAACAAGAAAUGGGUAGAAACACGCCAACACGGGAAAUUAUAUAAAGAAUUUACAGCAUUGCAUUUGUCUCAGGAAAUUCGAGCUCAAGAGGGAUGGGUAUGGACUAUCAAAUUUGGAUGGGAUACGCAUUUUCUUGCAAGAGCUUGUGAAGACAGGAUAAUACGUGUGUUGGAAGUGCAGGAAUGUGAGGUUAGACAGCCCAAUGAUUUGAGUUCAGUUAGUGGCACACCUUAUCAUCCAGUGGGCUGUUCAUUUUCUUCUCGAACUUCGCUUGCAGAGAUUACACCGUUGCCUUCAGAGAAGAGAAAAAAGGGGAGAAUCCACAAAAUAAAUGGUAACUCAAUUUACUAG